AUGAAGGACCCCCGUGCAUCGAAGCGGAGAAGAGUCUCCCAGGAUGAGGAUGGAGAUAUUGAGAUGGGAACUGAAGACGAAGAUAUCUUCGCCGUCCCAUCAUCUCCCGAUAAUGACAGAGCAUCUCCCACGCCUAAAAAAGCAUCCCGGCGUCGAUCUACCCAUGGCGAGAACCAGGACCAGGAGGUGCAGACACCCGCACGAGCUGGAACACGGACAAGCGGACGACAGCGCAAAACACCAAAGAGAUUUGAAGAAGAAGCCACUACGCCCUCUUCGAGGCGCAAGCCAGCAGCUACACCGAGGAGUGGGCGUCCGACCCGAAGCGCACAAAAGCCGAAACAAUCUCCUGUGGUAGACGACGACGAGGAGGAGGACGAGGUUGAAGACGAAGAUGGUGAUUUUAAGGAUGAAGAUGAGGAUGAAGACGACGCUGAGAUGGAAGUCGACGACCCAUCUCCGGAAUUUGCUCCCCGCUCUAUUACUAGAACCAGAUCGAGGAGAAGCACUGCGAGACCCAGAUGCAACAAAAAGGUGUCCGAUGAGCCGAAAGAAAAAUCACCAUCGCCGGAGUACCAGGACGGUCUGGAUGAUCUUGUGGCGAUGCAACUUCAACAAGACCUUCACGAGAACCAACCGGGAACGCAGGAGGCUGUUGAGGUUUCUGAGCCUUUGCCAGAAUAUGCGGAGAAAUUCCAAACUCUCUGUCAGGCCGGUCUCAGGGACGAAGUGCGCCUGCUUUCGACCAUUCUGCUUGAGAAGCUCUCUGGGAAGCGGCAGGUUCCUCUACGAGGACUAGAGCCUGAAUACCAGAAAGUACAUCAACUAGUUGAGUCAACUGUCUCAGUGGGCGAGGGUAACUCGAUGCUUCUUCUUGGAUCUAGAGGAUGCGGCAAGACGGCGAUUGUGGAAUCGAUCAUCUCAUCUCUCGCCAAGGAGCACAGAAACGAUUUCCACGUUGUCCGUCUCAAUGGCUUCUUGCACACGGAUGACCGUCUGGCUCUACGAGAGAUGUGGCGCCAGCUCGGUCGUGAGACUCACACCGAGGACGAUGCGGCCAAGGUCAGCUCUUAUGCGGAUACGAUGGCGACACUGUUGGCUAUGCUAUCGCACCCAGAAGAACUGUUCGGGGCUUCAGGUGGCGGAGGGGCAACUGCUGCGAAGUCGAUCGUGAUCCUGUUAGAUGAGUUCGAUCUAUUCGUCACCCACCCGCGACAGACUCUGCUGUACAACCUGUUCGAUAUCGCCCAGGCGCGUAAAGCACCAAUUGCAGUGAUUGGGCUUACGACAAAGGUCGACGUAACUGAGAUGCUCGAGAAACGUGUCAAGAGUCGUUUCAGUCAUCGAUAUGUCUAUAUCCCGCUCCCUCGAUCCUUCGAGAUCUUCUCAGAUGCUUGUCUGGGAAGUCUGGAUCUCAAUGAUUGCGAAAUAGCGGAUAUCGCAGAUGAACUUGGAACUGAACGUUCUCUGGUAGAGUCAGACAAAUGGAAGAUGCUACUCGAGGGAUGGAAAGAAUAUCUGAAGCACAUGUGGAACGACAAAGAUCUCCAAUUCCACCUCAAGCGAAUCUACAACCAAACCAAAUCCACCAAGGAGUUCUUCACCAGCGCCUUCCUCCCCAUCAGCGACCUCCUCCAGAGCGUCUCAACCGCAGACGCACACACUACCCCCCAAAUCCCAACUCCCAAAACCUUCGCUUCCCAAACCCUCUCAUGCCCCGACCCAGCACCUCUCCCCUUCUCCACAUCCAUCACAUCAUCCAGUCCCUCCUCACUGCCCCUGGCUCUAUUGGUAGCCGCCACCCGCCUGGCAGCCCUAUUCGACCCCGGAAACGACGGGUCCCAGAGCAUGUCACCACUUGCCCUCUCCUUCCCAGCCGCAUACGCAGAAUACGUCCGGCUGUUGACAUCCGCGAAGACGAAUGCGUCUGUGGGUGGAGCUGCCGCUACGCCUGGCCGUGUCUGGGGUAGAGAUGUGGCGAGGGAAUCCUGGGAGAAGUUGCUUAGUUGGGGUCUUGUUACUCCCGUUGGUAGUGGUAAUGGCACUGCUGAUGGGCAGAUGUUCCGUGUGGAAAUUAGCUUCGAGGAGGUUAUUGAGAUGGCAGGGUCUGGGGGUGCUUUGGGACAGUGGUGGCGCGAAUAG